UUAUGACGUGUGUUUCCCGCGACCUUUAGCUUCGGCGGUUGUAGCGGCUUUCAGUGGAGGACUAGUUUGAGUGGGUUUAAAAUGCUCAAAAAGAAAUCAAGCACCAGUGAGAAGAAAAGGAAGCACUUUCAGUCCGAGGAGCGACAUGACAGCGGUAAACGCAGGAGUACGGGGCCCGGUUUAGAGGAAUCCAAGGACGAACUUGCUGAUCCUGAGCUUGACAAGAUUGGCAGUGACAUUGAGGAAGGGGGACUGGACCUCAGCCUGGCCUUCCAGCCCAUCACAGCUUACGUCGGUGACAAGCGGCAGAUGCUGGAGCAGUGCUUCCAUGUGCUGGGGGAGAAGAAGCUACGGAAGAUGCUUCCUGAUGAACUCAAGGAAUGCAGUGUAGAGGAAAUCAAAACGCUGUGUUGGGAGCAGCUGGAACCCAUCACGGAGAAAAAUCUCAUUCAGAUCUUAGCAGGGGAGGAAGUGACCGCCGGGAAUGACAAUGAAAACUCUGAAGAGUCUUUGGAAAGCCAGCAAGACAGUAUUGUAGACUCUACAUCAUGCCUCAAGGAAACUGCAAAAAGCGAGGACCCAAAGCAAGAGGGUGGCGGCUCUGGUGAAGAGAGCGACGUCCUCAGCAUAAACGCAGACACUUACGACAGCGACAUAGAAGGACCCAAAGAGGAGCAGACCGUUAAAGAGGAGCAGACUGCGGCAGUGAAGGAGGGAGACGACGAUGACAACAGCAGGCUGUGCACUGACCCGGCUGCAAAGCCGGAGCCGGCAAAUCCAGAGCCGAAGAAAGACAUUCAAAGUGACAUAGACAAGAGCGUGAGCGAGAUCUUGGCGUGCUCCUCCACUCCCAUCAAAGACGCGGCCAAAGAACAGAGCACACCGCUGCAGUCCCCAGAUGUCAGCGGACCCGUUUCUAGCGGCGACCCGGCCGUUUGUAAGCCGUCGAUUCAGCAGCUGGAGCUGCUGGAGCUGGAAAUGAGAGCAAGAGCCAUAAAGGCUCUAAUGAAAGCAAGUAACGGGAAAACCCCUCAUGUAACGCCAAACACGUAGCGUGUCUUUUACUUGAAUGGUUAAUGCUCUUAAAACGAUUCAGUUUGCACAUCCUGUCUUGUUUGUAGAGGGUACAGCAUGAUGUGUUUGUUUUGCUCCACAUUGGAAUGAUUUCUAGAUGGUGUUUAAUUGUGUUUUUGCAUUAAACAAAGACCCCUCCUCCUGCGUGGGAUGGGAUAUCACUUUUCCAAAUGUGUUUCUCCCAUCGAGCACUAGAUGGCAGUGUUACGCUGUCAGAGCACAUCCGCAGGGCUGUGUCUAAUCUGCGAGAGGACAGCAAGGGCAUGUUUAUAGGCUCACAUUACACUGAAAGUGGUCUCGGGCACCAGUCAGAGUCAGGUUUUCUUAAUAAUGAUGUCACUUGGAAACGCAGCUGUCCUCGAGUCAGCCUUAGAGGAUGUGAGAGGAUCAGAAAAGUGUGUUACUUCAUAGGUUUGUAAGGCAGAGCAGGUGAUUGCAGUGCUGUUUGUAUCUUGUAGACACUUGAAGCCUUUCUUCACCCAACACCUGUUUGACUUGUUAAACUGAAAGCGUGCACAGGAAUACAAAAUCCCGCUAUACUCUGCUCUGCCCGCCCGAUAAGGAACCGAAAAGCCUUCAAGUGGUCAUAAACUACCCACUGGCUCAAAAAUGACACGAGUGCAUGAUAUGAUUAGACAGCUACCCACUCACUCCUGUAGAUCAAAACAAAGACCCUGCCAGCUGUCCCACCAGGAUAACUUUAAAUUAAAUUCUGCUUCUCGUGCUUUUGUCAGUCAGCGAGAAUUAAUAGCGUCUGUUAGCCUAACAGGGCAGUUUCUUUUGAUCUGAUUUAUUCUAAAGCUUUGCUCCAGCAUAAACUGUGUGGUUGCUGCAUGUAUGUGUGUGUCCGUGUGCACGCAAUUACAUGCAGAUGAAGAGAAGAAAGGCUUUCUAUCCCACUACCCCGAAGGAGACAAUGAAAUGUGCAAUAAGAAGCCAGUUGCCUCCAGGUAUUUGCAUUUAAAAGGGUUAUUUCAUGGAAGAGGUGAGGGCGGGAGGGUUAAACGUGUCGUUCUCUGUGAAUUUAUGUGCAGGUAUCUCCGCGCUCGCUGAUGAUGUGAAGAGGGAACGAAAAUGUCCACUUUAGUAAAAAAAAAAAGAUACAAAGAUUGUAAAGUGCUUGUAGCGUCUAUGAUGGGUGAGUAUUUGUCGGCGUCAUUUACUGCUAUUAGAAUGCCAAUUACGAUUUGGUGUGUGCCAUUAAAUGGCUUUUUAAGCAGACCUCAAAAAUGAGUAGGCUGGAAAAUGGGAUUGAUGGAGGUGAGACGAUACUGUUUUGUUGAAGGAGUGCUUUGUGAAUUCGAAUGAACCUAAUGAACCGUGUUAAAAUGUUGAAGCGUGAUGGUUCUGUGAAUGGCGCUAUUAUCAAAGUCAAACACAAGGUCGCGCAGGAAAACGUCGAGCCUGCCGGUUCAUAGUCGCACCUCUCGUUUUGGGCCAAGGCUCUGGGUUUGCGACACUCGUUGGUGAUUCAGUUCUCACUGAUCCUCAAGCCUCAGAUUCAUUUAGGGAAUUGGUGUCAAACAUAAGGCCUGGGGGCCAGAAUCGGCCUGGCAGAGACUCCAAUCCAGCUCACUGGAUAGCUUUGAAAAAAAAAAAAAAAACGAGAAAGAAGGGUAUAAAUUUUGAACUUUAACUGUAUUUUCAUGAACUUUAAAGCAUUUCUUACUUAUUAAAAACCUCCCCCAUUGUCAUUCAAACUAGACUUCAGUAACUGACUAAUAGAUAAGCAGUUAAAUGAUGGAAAGAUUAGUUUUUUUUUCACCAUUUACCAUACAAUGUAUUUAUUUCACAAUUGGCUCAGUUUAAAAAUAUAAAAGGUGUUCUAUGAAUGAAAAACAUUCAGUUUUGUAAUUAUAGGAGAGGUUUUUUUUGGUGAUUUUACACAUUUAUUUAUUUAUUCAUACACAUUUCUUCCAUUUACUACAGCUGCAUUUCUUUUCAUGUGGAAAAGCUGAGCCGCACUGCUAAAAUCGAACUUCUUUAUCUUGUAUUAAAACAUCUCAUGGACUGUAAAUGUGUAGUUAAGGGGGCUUUCGCUGGUACGGUCUACUUAAGAUCAAAGUGGGUUGCAUGUGGCCCAUGGUGUAAAAUGAGUUUGACAUUCCUGAUUUAGCGUUUUCAGAGCUGACUUGGUGUCUUCCCAGAGAUGUUAGGAAGUCUAGGUUAGAGGAAACAAUAGACCUAGUGUAUGUGUGUGCCAGACGUCCUGGAAAGCUUUGCUAAAUAAUAAUUUACUUUGUGCAGUGUUUAUCUAAUGAAAGUGGAAAAUAUGAACUUAAAUAAAAAGUUGGUCCAUU